AGGCCUCGACCUCGAACCCUAACCCCCAUCGAUUUCCAGGAGCCAGCUCCGGCGAGAUGCCCGUCGGCGUCUGAACCGUGGUGACGCGGGGGCAGCUCGUCGGCGGACGAGGGUGGGGGGGGGGGGAUGGAGGGGAGGCGGGUCUCCGCGAACCCUCGCCCGUCCUGCGUGCGGAGGGUGCUCGCGCGGAAGCGGCCGAGGACCGAGGCGACGGCGAACAGCGCGCGGAAGCUGCAGCGGCGGGAGAUCUCGGCGCUUCCCUGCCGCGCGUUCUCCGCGAGCACCACGCGGGAGCGGUUCCGCAACAUCCAGCUCCAGGAAGAAUAUGAUACUCACGAUCCCAAGGAGAUGGGUGCGCUGCUACCUUACUUGACGAAAAGGUCUGAGAUUAUUGAGAUAGUUGGAGCAAGUGACAUUAUCUUUGCUUUAUCACAGUCAGGAGUCUGUGCUGCAUUCAGCAGAGUGUCAAACCAGCGGAUUUGCUUUCUGAAUGGACGACCAGAUGAAGUGAUUCGCAGUUUGUUUUAUAACAAGAACAACGACUCACUAAUUACUGUAUCAGUCUAUGGUUCUGAAAACUUCAGUGCCUUAAGAUGCAGGACAACUCGAAUAGAGUAUAUACGACGGGGGAAACCGGAUGCUGGUUUCCCUCUUUUUGAGUCAGAGUCAUUGAAAUGGCCAGGUUUUGUGGAAUUUGAUGAUGUAAAUGGGAAGGUGCUGACUUACUCUGCACAAGACAGUACCUAUAAGGUGUUUGACUUGAAAAACUACACUUUGCUGUAUACUAUAUCCGAUAAGAAUGUUCAAGAAAUCAAGAUCAGCCCUGGCAUAAUGCUAUUGAUAUACUCAAGAAAAAAGGGCUGCAUCCCCCUUGACAUUCUUUCUAUUGAAGAUGGUAAACGCUUGAAGUCAUUCAAACACCUUCUUCAUCGCAAUAAAAAGGUUGAUUUCAUUGAGCAAUUCAAUGAAAAACUUCUCAUCAAGCAGGAAGGAGAGAACCUUCAAAUUCUUGAUGUAAGAAACUUCCAAUCAAUUGAAGUAAGCAGAAGUGAAUUUGUGACUCCGUCUGCUUUUAUCUUUCUGUAUGAGAUGCAGCUGUUCCUAACCUUCCGUAGUAGAUCAGUAUCAGUUUGGAAUUUCCGUGGUGAAUUGGUCACAUCAUUUGAGGAUCAUAUGUUGUGGCACCCUGAUUGCAAUACCAACAGUAUUUACAUCACGAGCAACCAAGAUCUCAUUAUUUCUUACUGCAAGGCUGACCCAAAUGAUCCUUCUUCAGAAGAAAAUGCUUGUUCCAUAAAUAUCAGUGAGAUAUUAACUGGAAAAUGCUUGGCCAAAAUAAAGGCAGGGAACCUUAGCAAGCAAAGGGUUUCAAGAUUCCAGAGUACACCAUCAGAGGCACUGGGGGAUAUUACAGCUCUGUACUACGAUGAAGAGCGUGAGGAGAUUUACACCGGCAACCGACAAGGCCUUGUCCAUGUAUGGUCAAAUUAGUAACUCCAGCUUCCUAUGGGCAACACAAUUCUGACCACCGUGCCAUACUCGGGGAGAUGCUGCUACAACCGAUAAGUUCAUCAUCUGUUAACCUGAGCUGAUUGGAUGUUAGCUGCAAUGUUUUCUUACCAUGUGUAUCAUUUUGGAAGGUUUGUCACUAUCAGCGUGCCAUCUUUACCCCCGAGUUAUAGAUAUCUCAUUCUCAUUGCA